AUGAUUCCGCUCAGACAGAGUGUCUACAGAAACUUGACAAGGAUAAACCUUGCCAAGGUCAGAGCACAGGGCGUUGUUAUCACUCGUUUCCAGUCGGUGUCUGUGGGCAAUUCCAACGACAGAACCAAGCCAGUGGAAAGAAAGCGUGCUCCGCUCAACCCCAAGCUCCGUGAUGUGGCCAACCAGAUCAGAGAAGUGGUGAAAAAUGCCACCAACGACUUAUCCGAAUCGGUGGAGAUCUUGGAGGAAGGACUCCUGUACUUAAGAGAGAUCCAGGUGUCGGAAAAGAUCCCGGAAAGAGUACUCUAUCACGAGUUCCAGGCAGUGGUCACCAACCUCUUGUAUAAAGCCAUCAGCACCGAAACCUCCACCUCCCCCAACCAGAUUCUUGACGUGUUGGUUCAGUACAAGGUCGCUCACAAGUACCACUUCACGCUUGUGGCAGCCAACUGGAUGAAAGCCUCGGCGUACCAUGAGGUAUUGAAAUUGUGGGUCCAAAACGUUGAGUACGAAAAAUCCAUGGACUUCUACUACUCCAACCCCUACGUGAUCAAGGAGUCCGGUAUCGACUUCAAGGGCUACUAUCUUGUCAACCUCGCCUACUUCUCGUUCGUGCAGUCGUGCAUCCAAGAGGGGGUCAAGUACCUGGCAGAAGAUGCCUCCAAAUUGCUCCAGAGCGAGCCUCCAGCGCCAUUCUUCGUCCGUGGCACUUUGGCUGACCUCCACUUAUUGUCCUCGCACACUAAGGAGUUCCAGGCGUUCACCAAGACCGUCCAGUCCCAUGCUUACGAUAAUUUGGACCCCAACGGACCAAUUGCCUACAAGAAAAUCAACUCUGCAGCUGACAGAAAGGACCCAUCAGGCUUGAACCGUGUCUUCGUGGAGUUGCAGGAGGCAGCCAAAAAGUCUUCCAAGCCAUUGACGGAAGGCACCAUGAACAGAGUCAUGAAGGCAUACUUGGACUGCGACAGACCAGAAGACAUCUUCAACUUGUUCCAGAGCAUGCUCCAGCACGGAAUCGAGGUUCCUUCCAUUAGUUCGUGGGAACUCGUGUUGAGGGCCAUGGGCCACCCCAGCCACGUCAGCAAACGUACCACCAAGAGAAAGACUAUCGCAGAGAACAUCGACAGAACCAUUGAGACUAUCGUCAGCAAUGGCACUGAAAUCACUCCCAAGACAUUGUCGAUCAUUGUGGGGGCAUUUGCCAACUUGAACCGUUUCGACAAGGUCGAGGAGUACUUGCAGAGAUUCAGCACUGAGGGUGAAGGCUCGUUGAAGAUAAUCAACCCCACCAAAAAUAACAUCUUGGUGGGUUUGGUGUUGAACAACAAGGUUGGCGAGGCCGAGACCAAGUUGAAGCAGUUCAUGGCCGACGGCAGUGGCUACGUGCCAAUCACCCACACCAUGAACACGUUUUUGGGGCACUACGCUAAAACCAAAAACUAUAAGGCAGUCGAGGGUAUCUUGGAGUUCAUGAAGAAAAAUAACAUUCCCGAGGAGGUGGCCACCUACACCAUCAUGAUCGACAUUUUCUUCAAGUUGCACCGUGAGAAGGGUUUGGCUCCCGACGUGGACCAAAUCUUGGCCAGCAUCACCAAGUCCAACACCAUCCAGUUGAACGACUUCACCUACACGGCGUUGAUCGACGGUUUGGUCAAGGACGGUGCCAACAUCGAGGCUGCCAGGCAGAUUUUUGCCGGUGCCUCCAAGAAGUACAAGCUGUCAGCACAGCUCUACACAUCAAUGAUGAAGGGUGAGUUGGACUUCGGAUCAGUAGCCAACGCUGAGGUGAUUUUCGACAAGUACAUCAAGCACAUCUCCAACGAUGCCCGUGUGUGGAACAUGAUGAUCACGUCUUUGUUGGCCAAGCACGAGGAUUUGGCGUUGCAGUACUACGAAAACAUGAAGGCGCAGGCCAGCUUGAAGGUGGAGCCCAACUUCUUCACCUACUACUACUUGCUCAGCCACUUCCUCAAGCGUGGCAACAAGGAACGGGUGCAGUACCUUAUUGACGAGUUGCUGGGCCAAAAGCUUCGCGACCUUGGCUCAGAGUUGCCUAAGAUUUUGCACCCACUCACCAGCGAGUACAGUUUCAGCAACGAGUUGUUGGGACAGCUCAAGCAGCAGUAG